GUGGGGCUGGCGCCUAGCAUGGCGGAUCGCCUGACCCAGCUCCAGGACGCUGUCAAUAAGCAAGCGGACAAUUUUACCAAUUCCUUGGGCAUUCUGCAACAGUGCGCCACGCCUACGCCCUUCAACGGACUAGGGGCUCAUCCAUCCGGCAAAUCGCAAUCCGCCACACCUCAGCCUCAACAACAACAGCAAAUUCAGCAGCAACAUGAAGAUCACACAAGCUUGUUUGCUCAAUUGAUCGCGCGGACCGCCAAAGAUAUUGAGAUCCUGAUCGACUCUUUACCGGCCGAGGAAUCCUCGAGUGAGCUCCAAGCCUCCUCCUUACAGAAACUGGAAAAGGAUAACCAAGAAGCCGCUCAAAAGCUCGAGGAUGUGGUCCAACAAGGUGAGGCCAUCCUACAGGAGAUCCAAUCCGCUCUCCAUGACAUAGCCCAAUCCCAAUUGGAGAUCCAGAAACUCGAAGUCACCGCUGCCAACUCCAACUCCUACAUCGCUCACGCUGCUGCUCACUAGAGGAUUGUGUCCGAUUUCUUCGUGUGCUGAAUUCAGUGCGGGUUUGAUUCCGAGCGAUUUCGCCGAGACUACGCUUUUGAACUGUUGUCAUGGAUGUGCGUCGUCGUGUCCAAGAUUUGAGCUCCUCGUCGCCAGGGGAUGAUCCGCGGAAUCCCGAGGUCCCUGAGAUCCCCCGGGACUUGGAAGAAGAGUUUGAGGACGAAGAGAACGAUUGCAGCGAAUCCAUCGAUCCGAGUGAGUUGGACGAGGACGAUGAUGAUGAUGAUGACGACGACGAUGACGACGGGGGGAUCUUGACCAAUGAUCAAGCUGUCCUUUUGCGAGAGGACGAAGAGUUCUGUGAAGUGUCACCGCGUUCCAAAUAUCGCUCGGGUUGGCGAUCGCGGAAUUCGGACUCCCAAAAAUUUUACCCGCCCGAGCGGCAGCCGCCCAUCAUGGAUUUCCUCACUAUGAUCACGGCCUUUCUCGUGGCCGUGUUUGCGGCAUAUUACACUAUUUCCACUUGAUCCGAGAGAGCGAUCGUCGAAUCGUUGAAAGUCGAGCUGUCAAAUUCCUCAAUAUUUGUUACGCCAUGUUCAUUCCCACCCACCUUCCACUUUUUCCUUGGAGCGAUCCACAAAUCAACUCUCCCCUCUUUGACAAACCGUUUGGGCUUUAUUGCAACAAUCAACCGACACAAACAGACACACCCAGUUCUAUUCUUUCCUUUUGUCAAGAGAACAUAGAAUCAUCAAGUUAUUAUGAACAAUUAUUAUCCUGAUCAUUAUCAUCAUUCUCAACAAAAAUACUGCAAAUCAAUAUUAUUGCUCUCCUACUAGUGAUGAUUCUGGCACAUAUUUUGCUGAUGUCAUCACGACUUGGAGGAGACGACAUUUCUUGACCAAAUCAACCGGCAAUUAGCUCACCCCUCCUCCUAUAAAUCCAUCAGUCUCGUAGUAAUAAAGAGAAACGAAGGCAGCACGAACUGUUCACAUUUACAUAAUGGUCUUUAGCCUAUUAUUUUAUUGUGAUUUAUCUGAAAGAAGUGUUUGUUUGUCAAAUGGCUUCAUGAAAUAUACCAUUUCAUAGUGGGCCAA